AUGGAGAAUGCACUGGCUGCCAUUCUAUCCACUCAAGGAUUGUCGUUGCGGAGCACCACGCGCGAAACGGGAGCACUACACCAGCUGCCCAUCCCUGACACCACUACUUCAGCAGUUGUACACGGCCUUCGGCACUACACCAACAAUCACGUCAACGAGCUACAUACCAUCGACCAUGUCAUGAACAAACCACCACUUGACAAGUUAAGCCACUCGGACACUGUCUACGACUCAAAUGAACCGACACCCAAGGAAGCGCUAGACCUGGGCAAUGUGGCAUCAUCAUCAUCCCUACAUCCCUUACUACACUCAUGGCGUCUAUAA